AUGGCCUGGGGCACCUCCAGACCCCACUGUCACGACACGGAGACCCCCCGGAUCUCCACCAGCUGCCUCCAGCCCUCAGUGCUCCCCCAGCUCAGCACUGCCCCGCAGGGCCGGGCCUGGAUCCGCGUGGCGCUGAUGGAGAAGCGAAUGUCCGAGUACAUCUCCACGGCCCUGAGGGACACCCGGACCACCAGGAGGUUCUAUGAUGACGGGGCCAUCAUGCUGCGGGAGGAGUCCACGGUGCUCACGGGGAUGCUCAUCGGGCUCAGCGCCAUCGACUUCAGCUUCUGCCUGAAGGGAGAGGUGAUGGACGGCAAAACGCCCGUGGUCAUCGACUACACGCCCUACCUGAAGUUCACGCAGAGCUACGACUACCUGAGUGAGGAGGAGGAGCGGGGCAGCGUGGAGAGCAGCACAAGCGAGGACAGCUCACCUGAGCACCCCUACCUGCCGCUGGUGACGGACGAGGACAGCUGGUACAACAAGUGGCGCAAGAUGGAGCAGAAAUUCCGCAUCGUUUAUGCCCAAAAGGGGUACCUGGAGGAGCUGGUGCGGCUGCGGGAGUCGCAGCUGAAGGACCUGGAGGCGGAGAACAAGCGGCUGAAGCUGCGGCUGGAGGAGGUGAUGGUGCAGAACCAGCUGGAGAAGAGGGAGCUGGAGGGCGUCAUCCUGGAGCUGCAGGAGCAGCUGACGGGGCUGAUCCCCUGCGAGAACCCGCAGCUGGCCCAGCUCUCCAAGGAGAUGGUGACACCCCUGGUCAACCAGUGGCCCUCCCUGGGGACCCUCAACGGCAACGAGAGCGGCUCGGACAGCAAACUGUACAGAAGGUAACGCACACAGAGACCUGCCAGAGCAGCCUGCCCUGCCCCGGGGGGACACGA